AUGUCCGACCCGCGCGUCUCACUGCCUUCCCGUACGGCCGUGCUGGUCAUUGGGGGUGGCCCAUCUGGAAUUGUCGCGCUCAAGUAUGCCCUCGAGACGCUCCAGUACGAACCCGGCGAGGAGCCUGUGCUGGUAGAGUCCGAGCCAGAGCUUGGAGGCACGUUCCGCUGGCGGUCGUACGAGAACGCCGAACUCGUGUCGUCCAAGCAGCUCACAUGCUUCUCCGACUUCCGAUACCCCUUGACGGCGCCGGACCACCCGUCUCUGCCCAACUUUGUGCAGUACCUCGAAUCGUACGUCGACGAGUUCAAGUUGCGCGACCGCAUCCACCUGUGUGCCCAGGUUGUGAAGCUGGACAAGUCUACCGACGCGAGCGACGAGUAUUCACACAAGGCCACUGUGCGCAACACCAACCCCGCGGCGCUCAAUGACGUUGCGCCGGUUCACAUUGCGGCCAAGCGCGUCGUCAUUACCACGGGACUGCACGUCACGCCCAACAUCCCUGCCAUUCCAGGCUUGAACGCUGCGCCACUGUCCGACCCGCCGAUCGCGUGGAUCCACUCGUCGAGCUACCAGGAGCGCUCACAGCUCAAGGACAAACGGGUCCUCGUCCUCGGUGCGGGCGAGACGGGCAUGGAUGUCGGCUACGAGUCUGUGCUCGCGCCUGCGGCCAAGGUCUGGCUCGGUGUGCGCAACGGGUUUCUGUCGUUCCCAAAGGUGCUCAACAACUUUCGUAUCCUGGGCUCGACGUUUGACGGUGCGCUGCCCAUCGACGGCCUGAUUACCAACCUCUUUGAAGACGCCUACGUCCACCCAUGGGUCGCAGCGAGCCACCUGCGCUGGUUCGUAUCCGACUUUGUCAUCCGCCGCGUCAUGUGGCUCCUCACGGGCACCACCGCAGGGUGUAACCAGUGGGCUGGCGAGCUGCCACCGGAGCGACAAGGCCGUGCUUAUGUCUUUUUGAACAAGAGCGGAAAGGCAAUGCAGUUCAUCAACAGGCCCUACCAGGCCAUGUCGGCGUUCCACAAGUUCUUCUUCCACUACAUUGAUCCGCCGCUGCCGGACGGCGUGCACGACCCGACGAUCCACGCCGUGCCGUUCCCGCAACGCUUUGAGAAUGGCACUGCCAUCUUCAACCCUCCACCAGCGCACCGCGCCAAGGAGACGGCAUGGAAGACCGAGUGUAACCCCGACCUCGUCGUGCUCUGCACGGGAUACCGCCAGGACUGGGAAUGGCUUGGGGCCGGAUACCCGCAGGGCCCGGACGCGUGCGAUGUGCGGGGCGUGUGCGCGUCGAGCGACCCCAGUGUCGCGUUCAUUGGGUUCCUCCGGCCAGGCGUUGGUGCCAUCCCGCCCAUGUCUGAGAUGCAGGCGCAGUUCUUCUUCCUCCUCACCACAGGCAAGAUCCCGGUCCCCGCGACCGACGAACACUACCACCUCCUGCACGCCAAAGAGGGCCGGAUUCAGUACGGCGUCGACUUUUCGUCGUACAUGUCCCAGCUGGCGCGGGACAUGGGCUCGGCGCCGAGUCUCUGGUCCCUCGUGACGCAGCACGGCUGGUUUGUGACCUUUGUGUACUGCUUUGGCGCGGCAUUCCCGACCUUCUACCGUCUUGUGGGCCCUUAUCGCUCGUCUGCAGCACCCGGUAUCGUGCGCACCGAGCUGUACGACACGAUCAGGCGCCGCGGGGUCGUGGGCAACCUGUUCAUGGGUGUUAUCCCCAUGCUCUUCUACGCCGUCAUCAACCUCGUGGCGCUCGUCAUUGAUGUCCUGUGGACCCUCGCGGCGCCCAUCCUGGGUGCCCCGCCGCACUCGGUGUUCGCGACCAGCCCGGCCAUGCCCAAGGCCGCGAACGGCAAGGCUCAGCCAAAGGCCAAGGGAGACUAG